AUGGGUGGCGCGACCGGCACGCUUGGCGAGGCGGGCCACUUCCGCAACACGAUGCUCGAGGCGGACGCGACGGGCAACGCGUUCCACAACGUCGCCCCGCGGUCGCGCGAGGCCCGCCUGGCGGACCGCGACAAGGACCUCCUCGAAAAGAGUCGUCUCAAGUGUCGUCAAUUUGGGUUCGUGCGCCACGACCCCGUCGCGAACCCCGUGCUGCCGACCAAGCAGGCGCCGUACUACGCGGAGGACGUGGACCGGUUCAGGAGGAACUUCAUCGAGGAGGAGCACGGCCGGCGGGAGGCGCGUCUCGAGUUUUACGAGGAGAAGUUGAUCAAGAAGCGGAACGGGGACCUGGACCGGGAGCAGAAGCGGUGGGACGCGAUGGAGCGGGAGCACAAGGCGGAGGAGCAGCGGCUCGAAAAGCUGCACCACCGGCCAGCGGCGCGGAACAACCGCUGCGGGCUGCCGGUGAAUCCGAUCACGAUGGGCUACGACAGCCAGCGGCCCGACGUGGACAACCUGAAGGAGCGCGACGACCGCUUCCGGCAACGGGUGGCCGCGCGCAGCCAGAACCUGUACACGAAAAUGCAUGUCACGGGCUUCGAUAUCAUCACCGGGAACCCGCGGAACGUCCAGGUGGAGCCCAAGAACAUCCCGCCAACGACAGGGGAGGCGCGGGACCCCAACUCGACCCGGCCGUGGUGA